AUGCCAGGCGUAGAUGGCCUCUUUGAGAGCAUAUCCUGCGUCUUCCACUACACACCUCCGACUCUCACCUCGCUCAAUCUCUGGGGUGUUAUCAGCACCGAGGCGAAGCUCUUCACCGUAUCACUCCUCGCAGCAAUAGCCAGCGGCACGCCCUCCCUCGAGUCGUUCGGAGCGAACGGGAAUUUCAGCGAAGACACCGUAAGGAUCCGGCGAGAGUUCCCCCGGCUGUCUAAGAUCAAAGUCGCCACGGACAACCCGCACUCGCUCGCAUUCCUGAUGGGCAUGUCACGUAUACCGACUCUGACGACAUUCGAUCUCGUCGCACUGCACGGAAACGUCCUCAGCCCGCAGCUUGCUAGGUGCUCCGGAGGAUUCGAAGUGCUCCAGACGCUGCGGUUCGCGAUGAGUUACCUGGACAUCUAG